UUGAAUUUCGACUACUAGCGACAGCAAAAGUACUCCCAAUAAUAUUUUUAUUUUAUAAUUCUUUAACAAUGCAAUAAAAGUAUCCUGCACGUGUUUUUUAAAAGUGUCAUUUUAUAAAAUUCAAAUUAAAUAACAACACUUGCAACACUAGUUCAUUAAGAUGGCUCGCAAAAAGAAAGUAUUUAUAGAGAGUAAGGAAGAAAGAAUGAUGAUGACAAUAGCUGAGGUAAUCCAAGAAUUGCUGGUAGCACAUGACGAGCAUCGUGACGUUGAUUUAAAUAAAUUAAAAACAAGGAUUUCUUCAAGGUACGGGUUGGAAUCAUCACCAAGACUCGUUGAUAUCAUAGCAGCUGUUCCACUUGACGCUAAAAAUAAAUUACUUCCUAAGCUGAAGGCUAAACCCAUAAGAACAGCCAGUGGAAUUGCUGUCGUUGCUGUGAUGUGCAAACCCCAUAGAUGUCCACACAUAAAUUUCACUGGUAACAUCUGCGUCUAUUGUCCAGGUGGACCGGACUCAGACUUUGAAUACUCGACGCAAUCGUACACUGGAUACGAACCAACAUCUAUGAGAGCCAUACGAGCAAGAUAUGAUCCCUUUUUACAAACCCGACAUCGCGUGGAUCAACUAAAGCAACUGGGACACAGUGUCGACAAAGUCGAAUUUAUUGUCAUGGGCGGUACAUUCAUGUCUCUCCCCGACGAUUACCGCGAUUACUUCAUCAGAAAUCUCCACGACGCGCUUUCUGGGCACAUCAGUAAUAGUGUUGAUGAAGCAGUGAGAUUUUCUGAACGAAGCAAAACUAAAUGCAUCGGUAUCACUAUCGAAACACGCCCGGAUUAUUGUUUGAACAGACAUCUGUCAGAUAUGCUUCGCUACGGAUGUACGCGGUUGGAAAUUGGAGUCCAGUCAGUCUUCGAAGACGUCGCUCGUGAUACUAAUCGUGGGCAUACAGUAAAAGCAGUAUGUGAGACAUUUAAUGUUGCUAAAGAUACCGGUUACAAAGUUAUUGCUCACAUGAUGCCGGAUUUACCUAACGUUGAUAUUGAACGAGAUAUUGAACAGUUUAUUGAAUUUUUUGAGAAUCCAGCAUUUCGUGCUGAUGGUUUGAAAAUAUAUCCAACAUUGGUAAUCCGAGGCACGGGUCUCUACGAGCUAUGGAAGACUGGUCGUUACAAAAGUUACCCGCCAAGUACGUUGAUUGAUUUAAUUGCCAGGAUAUUAGCGCUGAUACCACCAUGGACUAGAGUAUAUCGUGUCCAGCGAGACAUACCCAUGCCGCUAGUAAGCUCUGGAGUUGAACAUGGAAAUUUACGUGAGCUUGCCCUGGCUCGUAUGAAAGAUUUCGGCACAGACUGCCGUGACGUGAGAACCCGAGAAGUCGGGAUCCAGGAGAUUCACAACAAAGUUCAGCCUUACGAGGUCGAGCUCAUAAGACGGGAUUACACGGCCAAUAAUGGCUGGGAGACAUUUUUGUCGUAUGAAGAUCCAACUCAAGACAUUCUCGUCGGUCUCCUGAGAUUGCGCAAGUGUGGAGCUGAUACCUAUCGCCCGGAACUCAAAGGCAACUGUUCUAUUGUACGGGAACUUCAUGUCUACGGCUCCGUAGUCCCAGUCAGCGCUCGGGACCCAACGAAAUUCCAGCACCAGGGUUUCGGAAUGCUGCUGAUGGAAGAAGCUGAGCGCAUCGCCAGAGAAGAACACGGCUCUCAUAAAAUAGCAGUAAUUUCUGGUGUCGGUACGCGUAAUUAUUACCGAAAAAUUGGAUACGAAUUAGACGGGCCGUAUAUGUCUAAAAUGCUUGUAAAUAAUUAAAUUAAAUAAUAAAAUUCACUUUAAUAAUUA